CACUGAAUGUUUUACAAACUAAUUUCUACAUAGACCAAAUACAGGUUCAAUUACUAACUAUAGAGACCCCAAUAUGAAUGAAUAAAUAUAGCUAAUUCCAUGGUGCACAACCAGCAGGCCGAGCACAAAGGGAGACACAGUCCACAAACCUUGCGCAUAAAAUGUUAAUUUACAUUCACAUUGCAUUCAAUUGUGAAACUACUGACUCCAGCCUGUCAGAAUAUAGAGAAAGCAGCUCCUCCUGUCUGUCUAUCCAGUCUAAUUUUCUAUGGUUAGUGACGCUCUUUCCCUGCCCUACCGCUCUAUGGUCUGUUUCAGCUUCCUUCUCCCUGCGUGAGUGUACGUAACGUUCUAAGACUUGUUACAUUGUUGCAGGGUCUGAGGUGUGUGUUCUGUCGGUGACAGGUGAUGGGACAUGCUGCAGUUAUACAGUUACCGAAGGGGUAGAAGUGUGUGUUUUUGACUGGGCUGGUGUUUUGAUAUUUUAAUUGCUAUGCUAAGACAUCUACAGCUGUCAGGGAUGGUGUCCUGCUAUUAUCAGAUCGUGCAAUCUGCAGGCUAAUAAUGCAUAGUGUGAGCACGUUUUUCAUAUUUUCCCUUAAUAAAUGAUUGGAGUAAAUGUAUAACAAUAAUGCUUUUCUAUGAAGGAAAGCAGCAUCAGGUUGAUUUGUAGGACUACAACUCACAUGAUGUUUUGCAUGCUUUUAGAUUAAAAAGCAUCAUGGAAGUUGUAGUUUUUAGGGGGUCUACCCUGCUCUACAGCAUUAUUUUUUCCCAAUGGAAUAUUUCGAUGCACUUUGGACACACAAUUCUGUGUAUGCUGCGCAGUGCUGUCAAGUAGAAUUUAAAGUAAACAUGUCUAGAGUCUUUAAGAAGGUUUAAUUUUAUCAAAUGUAUUCUAUUCUUUUCAAUGUGGAAGUUAGCAUCACUAACAACUUCGAGAGACACUCAAUGAACUUAUUGUCUGAGGAGUUCCUGAGUGAUGUCAUACCCCAAGGUUUAACCCAAAAGUCUGCCAGAUGGCACCUGAUUGCUCUGCUCCUGCGUUUCUGCUCAGUGUCUGAGGCUUCCAUGAGGUAGCUGGGUGCUGGUGAUAGGCUGUGAAAAUGGUACAUGUUUUUUUUUGUUUUUUUUAAUUCAAUGGGAAGCUGAUAGCCUGAAAGCACCAUCUGAGGCACUCAGCAUAUCCGUGGAAACUGGUCUGAGGCUUCCUGAUUGAAACAAAAACUGAUAAAAUGAGAACUCUGAGAAUGUGCAAAAGCUUUGAGAAACUUCAGCUUGCCCUUUGAUUUGUAUUGCAGCCUUGAGUGGAAAUGCAGGGACAUCAGGACAGAGUGAUCGGACGCCAGCUUGCAGACUUUGGGGUUAAACUGUACAUUAAUGUUUAAUUCUUUCAGAUAAGAUAUCACCUUGUAUUCCUCAAACAGAAACACUGCACAUCCAGACUCAUACCACCAUGGACACUUCUAUUUACUAUUCACAAUGUGAACACUGGCAUUCCAGCAGAACAGCUAUGUUUUCAACUGCAUUAUUAUUAUUAUUAUUGCCAUUUAUAUAGCGCCAACAGACUCCGUAACGCUUUACAAUAUUUUGAGAGGGGGGAUGCAACAAUAAAUAGGACAAUUACAAGAAGACUUACAGGAACAAUAGGUUGAAGAGGACCCUGCUCAAACAAGCUUACAGACUAUAGGAGGUGGGGUAUUAGAAACAUUAGGACAGGAAAUAUCAAGUAGGAGUGAAGCAGAGCUGGAGGAGAGAGCAAGAGGCAGGUCUGUAAGGUAGAGAUUACUCUGGGAGGCCAUAAGUUUUCCUGAAGAGAUGGGUUUUAAGGCCCUUGUUAAAUGAUUGACUAGGGGAGAGUCUGAUGGCAGUAGGAAACUGCAUGGUUAAAAGAGGUGGAGUAGGGGGCACUUGGAACCCAGACUACUUCAUUUCAGUAAAGUUGUCUGGGUGCCUGUAAUGUUCUUUUUAAAUCCGAUUUGCAAGACUAAGCAUAAAAAAGCUAAUUUGGCUCAAUUCUCCAAAUCCGCUUUCAGUCAAAAUGUGGAUAUUAUACCUUCAAUUUUGUCAUUCAGAUUUAAUUCACUAAAAUAUUGUAUUUAGUAAAUUGUAUCAAACUCUAACUUGGAUUAAAACAUUUUUUUUUUGUAUAUAACAGCAUUUCUCUAAUAAAAUGGCACAAUUAGGCAAAUAUGCAUAAAAAGCACCAAGUUCACUUUCUCUUAUGUGCAUAUUUUGUACAUUGGGUACUUUUUUUUUUUUUUUUUUUUACACACCUUCUGUAGUGUGGCAAAAUAUUUCAUUCCUUUUGUUGCAUUUUUUUUUCAAUACUAAUUUUAUCUUGAAGAGACAGGAAGUAGAAAAAGCAAUGCCACACAGAAUGGAGAUAUAUCAAAGAGAAGAAGAAACAAGACUGAUAGUGUAACACUGCUAGAUACUAAAUUCAAAUACCACAUAAUUAGUAAACUCACAAGUGUAGGAAAUAACUGUGCCUUGAACAAGUGGAGGCAAUGCUAUGUAUACUCAUUUUUUAGGUUUGUAAUCAGUAAAGUGUUUCUAUAAAUCUUUUUUUUUUUUUUUAUUUAUGCUCUUCUGUGUUCCCUCCCUCCCCACCCCCCUUUAUAAAUAAAAAAAAAAGUGAACCAUACAUGUCUGCAUGUUUUGUGUAAAAAAAAAAAAAUUAAAAAAAAUUUCCUGCAACAAAUAACUGCCUACUGCCUCAAGAUAUUCUAGUCAUUAAGUUAUUUUAUUGCACAUUAUGUAUAAAAGUUACCUCAAAAGUGUACCUUUUUUUUCAAUCACUUUAUUGAACUAUAGUUCUUCACUAUUCUGUGUGGGAUAUCCUGCACUGUAAGAAAAGUAAAAAAAAAAAAAAAUGAGAAUAAUAUAAAUUUGAGAAUAAUGAGCUUUAUGUACAAACAAUGGUGCACACUAUCACUAAGCUUGAUUUAUUUGUUUAUAUUUUUUAUUCUAUUGUAAGUUAUGUAUAAACAUGUCUGAAUAGGCUUUAUACAUGAGAACAAAAUUGAGCAUAUUCGCACAUCUUAUUCUUACAUUUGCAGCUUUUAUUACAGUGCAGACAGUGCCAAAUAAAGGAUGGCAGUGAAUACUAAUUCGCUUAAUUGACUGCACACUUUUUUUUCUCUCUGUUGUUAUCUAUUAUCUGUGACAAAAAUUAAAUAAUUAGAGAACGUUUGGCUUUUGUAACACCUAGUGUGCAGGGAUAUAUUUCUAGUGGGAAUCCUAUUAAUUGUAUCUUAAUUGCACAAUUCUUACACACUCAUUAAUUCAUAACCCUGUUAUUCUUGAGAAUAGAAAGUCACAAAUGUCCCACGCUUUGUUCUCCUUUAUAAAACCCAUUCAGACAACAUCUUACAUAGUGUACAUUCACAAAGGUUAAAGACCAUGCUUAGUCAGAGAUUUCACUUACUUAUACUUCUGUGUUUAUAUAGUGUGAAAAAAACAUUGGAGGUUAUGUAUUACUACUGGUGUGAUCACUAAGCACGACCUACUUAAAAGGACACAGUAUGCACCAUAACCACUACAUCUGACUAGUAAAUGUAGGAAGCCAUAAGUAAUAAAUGUAAUUAACCACACUAUGUUUAAACUGUUUGAUAGUUUAUCACAACAAUGUAUUGUUGUCUCUUUGUCUAAAGACUUCUUACAUGGCAGCAAACGCAGGGACAGACACAAUGCCGGGAGAGGGGAAGCACUGUUUGGACAAAACAGAGAAGAACAAUUUAGUACAGUGAGUAUGGAUAAUGUGACUACUUUACCAUGAAACUAAUUGUUGUAGUGUGAUGACAACCCAGAGGGUUAUGUACAGGUGAUAUCAUGCAAAAGUUAAUUUAUUUCAGUAAUGCAAUGUAAAAGGGGAAACUAAUAUAUGAGACGCAUUAAAUGCAAAGCAAGAUAGUUCAAGCCAUGAUUUGUCAUAAGUGCGAUGAAUAUGGCUUACAGCUCAUGAAAACCCCAAAUCCACAAUCUCGGUAAAUUAGAAUAUUGUGAAAAGGUGCAAUAUUCUAGGCUCACAGUGUCUCAAUCUUAUCAGCUAAGUAAGCCAUAACACCUGCAAAGGGUUUCUGAGCCUUUAAAUGGCCCCUCAGUCUGAUUCAGUAGGAAUCACAAUCAUGACGGCUGACUUGACAGUUGUGCAGAAAACCAUCAUUGACAUAAGGAGGGAAAGCCUCAAAAGGUAAUUGCGAAGGAAGUUAGAUGUUCCCAAAGUGCUGUAUCAAAGCACAUUAGUAGAAAGUUGUGUGGAAGAAAAAGGUGCACAAGCAGCAGGGAUUACCACAGCCUGGAGAGUAUUGUCAGGAAAAGGCCAUUCAAAAGUGUUGGGGACUUUAACAAGGAUUGGACUGAGGCUGGAGUCAGUGCAUCAAGAGCCACCACACACAGACGGAUCCUGGACAUGGGCUUCAGAUGUCGUAUUCCUCUUGUUAAGCUGCUCCUGAACAACAAACAACGUCAGAAGCAUCUUACCUGGGCUAAAGAAAAACAGACCUGUUGCUCAGUGGUCCAAAGUCCUCUUUUCUGAUGAGCGCAACUUUUGCAUCUCAUUUGGAAACCAAGGAUCCAGAGUCUGGAGGAAGAAUGGAGAGGCACACACUGCAAGAUGCUUGAAGACCAGUGUGAAGUUUCCACAGUCUGUAUUGAUUUGGGGAGCCAUGUCUUCUGUUGGUGUAGGGGGUUGAAGAAGAUAAGGUUACGGGGGAGAAGAAGAGAUUACAGGGAGGGAAGGGGGGAGAAGAAGAGAAAAUUACAUGGGGGAGGGGAGAAGAUUACAGGGAGGGUGGAGAAGAAGAGAUUACAGGGACGGGGGGAGAAGAAGAGAACACGAGGGUGGGAGAUAAGAACGUAGGGAAGGGAGAGACCACUAAAGGAGGGAGGGGACGGUGGAGAGACCACUAGGGGAGGGUGGGGGGAGAGGAGAGACCACUAAUGGAAAGUCGAGGAGAAAAGGAGACCACUAAGGGAGGUGGGGGGGAGAGGAGAGACCACUUAGGGGCAGGGGAGAUCUCUAAGGAAUGGAAGAGAGAGCUCUAUAGGACAGGGGGCAGGACUGGGAGCUCUUUCACACCAUGCGCGCAAACACACACACAAUGCAUCCCCAUACACACAGAAACACAACAUGCUUCCCUUACACACAGAGAAACACACAAUGCAACCCUUACACACACAUGCAAACACACACUGCUUCUCUUACACACACACAGAAACACAAUGCAUCUCUUACACACACUCAACGCACCCCUUACAGACACACACACUGCAUCUCUUACAUACACAGAAACACACUUUGCAUCCCUUAUGCAUACAAACACAGAUUCACACAAAACAUUCCUUACACACAACAAGAAACACACAAUACAUCCGUUAUACACAAACACUCACUGCUUUCUGUCCCUUACACAAAAACACACUGCUUCCACUACACACAAACACACUGCAUCACAAACUGGUAUCCCUAUACACUACAUACCAUAAGCACAAACAUUAGAUCCUCUACAGUAACACAUAACACAUACCCUACACACUCUACUCCCUGUGAGCGAACUCAUGGGUGGAACAUGUAGGUGGACUUAUGGGUGGGCUUUAUGGGUAUACUCACCAUCAGGCUCUGGGGCCCAGACCUUGAGCUAUGUAAGAGGCCCCAAAAAAUGGAGCUGCUUCCCGUUCUCCCAGAAUAUUGAAUUUUGUGACCACAGUUACAAACAGCCUCCAGAGAUCCUGUUCUCUAAUUUACCUCACAUUAAAUGGACACUAUAGUCCCCAGAACCACUGCAGCUUAAUAAAGUUGUUCUGGUGUCUAUAGUUUGUCCCUGCAGGCUUUUUAAUGUAAACACACACUGUGUGCAGCACUAGCAUUAGUUCAUAUGGCAGAUCAUAUGGGUGGGGCAUUGUGAUGUCCCAGGGGGGCGUGGGGGGGGUUGAGGGGGGCGGCAAAUCUUUAUUUUGCCUAGGGCGGCAAAAAUCCUUGCACCGGCCCUGCUUAUACUUUUCAGAGGUCCGAUAUUGUUCUAUGUACACUCCUUGUUUUAUUUAUUGCAUGUAAUAUUCCAAUUUACUGAGUUUGUGGAUUUGGGGUUUUCAUGAGCUGUAAGCCAUAAUCAGCGCACUUAAGACAAAUCACGGCUUGAACUAUCUUGCUUUGCAUGUAGUGCGUCUAUCUCAUAUAUUAGUUUCCCCUUUUACGUUGCAUUACUGAAAUAAAUGAACUUUUGCACGAUAAGCUUUUUCGAGUAUCAUCUGUAUUAACAAAAAGAAAGAUGGACACACCCGAUUAAUAGCCAUUAACGAUGGACUAAGAAAACUAAUAUACAUAAGGGUGCGCACUCCAAAAGCUGCAUUUCCAAAGAGCUACUAAUAUAAUCAUAUACUAAUGAAAGGAGGAGCAUAACCAAUAAAAAUGCAGAAAACUUUAUUGUACAGGCUCACAUGUAACAGGUAUCAACAAGGAAAUCAUAGAAUGACAAUAUACUUAAACAUAUCUACUCAAUAUGUAGCAAUGACUAGGACCAAAGGGGAAAAAAGUAGGAAAAUUCUGAUCUAAAUAAUCCACAUCAAGUGGUAUAACCACUGAUACAAAAAAGCAAUGUUAUGAAACCUGUAUAGGAUAGUGAACCAAAAAAUACAUACCAAACACAGACCCUAUCAAGAAACACGAGCAGAGGGUGAAGACGUCAAACACAAAAUAGCCCCCAGAGUGUUAUGGCAAGGUAUGAGAAUGCUUGUUUAAUAAAUUGAGUCAAGCCUGUAAGUAGAAUUUUUAUUUUAAUUUUUUUUGUAGUUGUCUUCAUUGAGCGUUUAAGAAAAAUUGUGUCUUUAAAGCAUAGUGCAUUUUCUCUAUUUGUAGAUGGCUUUUUAUCCUGUUUAUCUUAAAAUAAGUUUUUUUUUUCUUAACUCUUAAAGUGAUAAGGAGCCAUAUAAUACAGUAUAUAUUUUUUUCUUUACUUUUCCUGCCAUUUGAUUUUUGUCUGCCUACUUUUUAUGUUUUCAACACUAUGCAUCUUAUGCCCCCUAUAGCAAGGUGUACCUAGAUUACAAUGCGACUACGCCCACUGUGCCAGAAGUAGUCGAGGCAGUGAAAGAGGCCAUGCAAGAUGCCUGGGGAAAUCCAAGUAGCAGCUAUGCAGCAGGUAACUGAAUAUGUGAUGCAGUGUAUAAUAUAAAUUAAUAUUUGUAGUAAUGGAUACGAUGGCAUUUCAUUUUAAUGCACUCGUAAGUAGAUAUGUUGUGGGAAAGAAAUUAUAAUAAUAAGAAAACACCCACGUUAUUUCUAAAGUUUUUUUUUUUUUUCAUCUGGUCUCUUUGUUAUAUAAAUGUACGGACUGCUUUACUUAUGGGCUUCUCUUUCUUCUGGUAACAUCAGAGUGAUUAUUAGCUUCUUGCAAUAAUGUCAUCAUGCCAUCUUCAAAAAAAAGUCACACUGCAUGAUUAUCUAAAUAAUCUUCCAAAAAUAUCACCAGGACGAAAAAACUCACAAAGUAAAGUUAUCUUUGUAUUACCAACAAUAAUAUGUAAAUGGAACAUGACAUCCCCUAGAUAACUUAAAAAAAACAACAAACACGAUAUACCUUAUUUAAAUUGUCUUACGCGUUAUAUUGUAGAAGGAAAACAUUAGAAAGCUUGGUGCAAGUGCUAUACCACACGUUAAAAGGGUUACUAUAGGUACCCAGACCACUUUAGCUCAUUGAAGUAGUCUGGGUGCAGUGUCCCAGGCCCCUUAAUCCUGCAAUUGUAAUUAUUGCAAUUUUUAAUAAACUGGAAUAAUAGAAACUUAAAUGUGACGGCAGAUAAGAACCAUUUGGCACGUCUAGUCUGCCCAAUUUCUGAAUACUUUCAUUAGUCCCUGGCCUUAUGUUCUAGUUAGGAUAGCUUUAUGCCCAGUGGCGUACACACAACCCAUGGGCCCUGGUGCGAAACUGAUCCAUGGGGCCCCCCUUCCUUUUGCCCCCCUCUAGUUCCCCACCGACAGAGACACACACACACACACACACACACACAGACAGAUAUAUACAGACACAAACACACGUACAUUCAUACAAAGACACAUACAUACAAACAGACAGGCACACAUACAUACAGACAGACAUACAUACAAAGACACAUACAAACAGGUGCACACACACAUACAUACAUACAUACAUACAAACAGACAGGCACACACACAAGACAUACAUACAUACAUACAAACAGACAGGCACACAUACAUACAAACACACACACACAUAAUAUUGAUAGCUGGGAGGAAUGAUGGGGAGCCACUUCCUCCCAUCGUGUGAUGGCCCGGUUGCGUUGUUAAAGCGCUGCAGCGCUGACCAGGCCCCCUGAAAAUCCAUCUCCAUCGGGUGGCCCUGACAGCAUACGCCACCCAAUGGGCACCUUAACAUGCGGCCGGCCGGAGGGCGCAAAUGAUGAUGGCGGGCACCCGCACGCAGAGGUCUGCAGGGCUGCCGGGCCCGGUCGCAGCUGCGACCCCUGCGACCGCUAUAUGUACGCCAGUGCUUAUGCCUAUCCCAUGCAUGCUUAAACUUCAUUGUGUUAACCUCUACCACUUCAGCAGGAAGGCUAUUCCAUGCAUCCACUACCCUCUCAGUAAAGUAAUACUUCCUGAUAUUAUGUUUAAACCUAUGCGCCUCUAAUUUAAGACUAUGUCCUCUUCUUGUGGUAGUUUUUAUUAUUUUAAAUAUACUCUCCUCCUUUACUGUGUUAAUUCCAUUUGAGGGUUAACUCCACCUAUAGUGGCUGUCUACCAGACUGCCACUAGAGGGACUUCCGGGUGAUUACGCAAAUAUUGAUCACCUAACUGAUGCUGGACGUCCUCACAUAUAGUAAAGCUUCAUAAAUCGUAGAUAAGCUUAGAUUCUAGGAAUGUUAAGGUUUAUUCGUAAACAUUUUAGGUUGAAUCUAAGAUUUUGCACACAUUUGUCAGUUGUUGGUUUACAGCAUGUCAUCUGUCACCAUGGAAAAAUGAAUCUAUGUAAAGAUACUAUAAUGAAGGAUUCAUGUAAGCACUGUACAGUUGGCUUUAAAUAUUAUUUGUUUCAGGGGACAUUUAGGAAACUUUCAUAUGGGGACCAGCCAAAGAGAAAUAUAUAUAGGGCUAUUCACUAAAUUGAGAAAUCUAGGCGAAUCAAAGUGAAUUUCAAAUUUUUAUUUUUAUUUUUUUUUAUUGUAUUUUAUGAGGUAGAAACAGUAAAUGUGCAUUGUUGGAAUGUACAAUUAUCAAUUGUCACAAUGGUAUCACUUAUAUUCAACAUGCGUAAAAAUUGAUGCAAUCUCAAUGUUUACAUGCUUUCCAAAUUUUUCACAAUUUCCCUUAUCACACGGUGCCAAACAAAUCAAGCACCGCAUUUUUAAAACUCGUUUACCCGGUGAUUGGGUCACAUCAUUACAUCACUGCCUAUUAGAAUAGCUAUACCAUUGAGUAUCUAGACUCGUAUCCUGUCCUUAGAGUCAAAUGGUAGGUAUAGGGUUCGCUGUGUCAGUGGUCUCACUGUAUUUGAGCUCAAUGUUCUCGUUUUCCUUUUACCCCCUCUACCUGCGGCUUUAACUUGCCUAUUGGUCCGGGAUAGUGACAUUACAGGUAUACCAUCUUGUGUACAAGAGUUUUUCCUUUCGUACCUAUUUUGUAUUUGAUAAAUGAACUAAAAAAAAAAAGAAACUAACAGGGGGGGAAACAAGAAAAAAAACGAGAAGAACUGGGUGGUGAGAGGGGGGUAGGGAGGGAGGGGGGAGAACAUAAGUUCUCAAUGCUUCCCAUGUACAUAUUCUACCUAGUUCUCCAGAAAUGGCACUAUGUCUCUCAGUUGCUUUGUUUCUUCCCUUAUCUAUAUGCCACACUUUAUGGGGUGCCUGUAUUCUUCCCACAUAUGCCAUGCAUCUAUCCAGAAGUUUUUUGGCGCCCUAUGUGCACGUACAGUGCAUUCAUAAAGUCUGGUGUUAUCUAGAUGUGAGAUAAUCGUGUCUAUUAGUGGAGGAUCUUUUUGAAGCCACGCCUUGGCUAUAGCUGUGAUUGCUGCUAUAGUCAUGUGGAAAAGGAGAUAUUGUUGGGAUUUCGAAAGGUUCCGUGGUAUAUGUUGUAGAAGGAAUAUCUCAGGCGCAAAUGCCACGUCUAUAUUCCCUAUCUGUCUCAUAAGGGACUGUAGGGACUUCCAUAUUUUUGCAAUGACAGGGCAUGUCCACCAGAUAUGCAUGACAUCUCCCUUGUCAUCCCCACAUCUCCAGCACUUUUCUGUCUGUUUCGGGUCUAUAUGUUUCAGCUUGGUUGGUACCAUAUGCCAUCUAUACAGCAUUUUUCUCGACAUUUCUAUCUGGGCUGUGGAUAAAGUUAAGUGUUUGUGGGCCGUAAAACUUUUACGCCAGUUUUCUUCUGGUAAUUUUUUCCCCAUGUCAUAUUCCCAUUUUUUGAUAAAAGUCAGGUCCUUUAUCUGUUUUGUGGGUAAAUAACUACUAUAUACUUUGGAAAUGAUGCCGGCUGUUUUAUUAGAGUUGGUGCAUAGUUGUCUCAAUACCUCCAUGUUUCUCUUUGUAUCUGUGGUGUAUAGUGACCCUUUAUGUCUCCCUAUCCACGAUAAUAUCUGUCUAUGUGCGAACUCCGCUGUAAGUGGGAGCUCGUACUCUUUUUGUAAUGAGGCAAAGGCUGUAUACUUAUCGUUAUCCAUAAGUUGGUGUAAGUGUGUUAGGCCUGCCCUGUCCCAUUUUCUAAUGUUUAGUUGUGGGAUCAAUAUUUCAAAGGAGCGCAGGAGCAUUGUUGGGUGUAGCUCUGUGUCGAGAUUUAAGAAUUUUGUGUAUUUGUCCCAUUCUUUCAGAGUUAAAGAUGUUAUCGGGGAAAUGUCCUGAAACUUUUUUCUGUGAGUUUUAUGGAUUCCAGCUAAUGUUGCGAUGUCGUGUCCCUCUGUGUAUGACGCUUCUAAGUGUACCCACGCCGGGGGUGUGGAAUGGGAGCGGAAUACUGCCACUAGUGAGCUGACUAUCGCCGCUUUGUGAUAUAGGUCUAAGUUUGGGAGACCCAUACCCCCCGAUUUUUGUGAUAGGUAAAGUAUAUUUGCUGCAACCCUGGGUCGUUUUUUAGCCCAUACGAAGGUGUUAAUCAUUUUCUGUGCUUCUUUGAUGUAUGUUGUAGGUAAUUUUAUGGGUAGGGUGCGGAAUAGGUAUUGGAGCCUGGGAAGAACCAUCAUCUUAAUAGCGGCUAUCCUCCCAGUCCAUGAGAUAUAUUUGUUUUCCCAACUUCUAAGUUGAGUGCUGAUAGAAUGGAGAAGUGUGGUAUAAUUGGCUUUGAACAAUUUGUGUAUUUGAUUCGUAAAUUUUAUACCCAGGAACGUGAGGUGGUCUUGUCUCCACUCAAAGGCAGUGGAUUGUUGCAGGGUACUUUGUGCUUUCGGUGUCAUGAAUAGGCUCAUUGCUUGUGUCUUAGCCACAUUUAACUUGUAAUAUGAGCAAUCACUGUACUCUUUCAGUAUAGUGUUAAAGGUUGGGAUGGAGAGUUGUGGGUUAGUCAAUGAUAGCAGUACAUCAUCGGCAAAUGCUGUUAUUUUGUAUUCUCUUCCCCCUCUUACUAUGCCUGUGAUUCGUGGUUCGUCUCUAAUGGCCUGUAACAGUGGCUCCAGCGCUAUGAUAUAGAGGAGUGGUGACAAUGGGCAACCUUGCCUGGUUCCAUUAGUUAUGUAAAAGGGCUGUGAUGCGAAGCCUCCAUUUGUCACUCUAGCCGAGGGUUUGGAGUAUAAUGCCGUUAUUAAAUUUAGGAAUGGUUGUGGAAAUUGGAAUUUCUGUAGUGUUUCUCGUAGGAAGCCCCAGUGCAGCCUGUCAAACGCUUUUUCAGCGUCAAGCGACAGGAACACACUGGGUUCUCCCUGUCGUUGCUUUGUGUAAAGUAAAUUGUAUAGUUUCCUUGUGCCCUCAGCCCCUUGUCUGCUUUUAACAAAUCCCACUUGAUCUUGUUUGAUUAUUGUAGGUAGUGUAUCUGCGAUUCUUGUGGCGUACAAUUUAGCUAGGAUCUUGGUAUCUGUAUUUAAAAGGGAUAUGGGCCGUAAGUUUUGAGGCUUAGUUGGGGGCUUACCUGGCUUUGGCAGGGUAACUAUAUGCGCCAUCAGCAUGUCCUGUGGCAUCUUACCCGUGGAUAUUAUGUGAUUAAAUGUAUCUACUAAAUGUGGUCCUACAAUAUGGCUGAAUGUUUUGUAAUAAGAAUUGGUUAGACCAUCUGGUCCCGGUGAUUUGCCCGGGGGAAGUGAUUUAAUUAUUUGUAGGAUUUCAGACAGGGUGACGGGAUCGCAUAACUGUUUACGUUGGUCUUCUGUUAGGCUGGGCAGAGAGACGUUGGAUAAAAAGUUUUGGAUGUCGUGUGCGGACGGUUGAUGGGUCUGGGGGUCCUGUUUUAUGUUGUAUAAUGUGCUAUAGAAAUUGGCCAUUUCUGUGAGAAUUUCCCGUGGGUCAUGUAUUUUCCCUCCUGUAUGAUUAUGUAGAUAUGGGAUUUUUGAUUGGGCUUGCUUCUGUCUUAGGAGCGAUGCCAAAGCCUUGCCGGCUCUGUUACCCUGAGUAUAAUUGCGUAUCUUCAGGUUCUGAAGCAUAUGUGCCGUUUCAUCUAAUAGUAGCUCAUUUAUUUGCUUUGUGAUCAAGAUUAUUUCCUGUGCCAAAUCUGCUGUAGGGGUUAGAUAGUGGGCGUUUUGUAAGUCCCUCAGUUUUUUUAGUGAAUCAAGAUAUUUUUUGUCUUUAGCUCUUUUUAUAUACACUGCUCUACUAAUUAAGAUCCCUCUAACCACUGCUUUAUGAGCUUGCCAGGUGAUUGUGGGUUCCAAUUCUGGCAUCGUGUUGGUUUGGAAGUAUUCUUGAAGGUCUUGACUUAGUUGAGUGCGGAAGUCUUUAUGCAUGAUUAGAGCGUCAUUUAAUCGCCACGGGGGUUUCCCUUUAUGGUCAAAUUUGGUUUGCAACUUUGCUGACACUGGGGCAUGGUCAGACCACACUAUGUCCCCAAUCUCACUACUUGUCAUUUUUGGCAAGAUGUCUGCAGUAACAAGAAUCAUGUCUAUUCUGGAAUGAGUUUUGUGGAUAUGGGAGAAAUAUGAGUAACCCUUUUCGGUUGGGUGUUGUAAUCUCCAGAUAUCGUAUAGGUUGUGUUCUAGGAGUACUUUAGUUAGUGUUUUGCAUUGUUGUGUAAGGAGUCUUGAUCUGGGGGCGUCUUGGCUAAGGGAAGUGUCUGCUACUGGAUGUAAGACAUGAUUCAUGUCCCCACAUAAUAUCAUUGAGGUUUUUUGCCUGGUUGGAAUUUUGUUAAGGACUUUAAGUAAAAAGUUCCUUUGGUUAACGUUUGGGCUAUAGAUCCCCACGAAUGUGUACUUACUAGUGUUAAUGUUGCAAUAGAUUAUGAGAUAUCGGCCUUGUGUGUCUUUUUUGAGUUGCAACAAUUCAAACGCAAGGGAUUUGUGAAAAAGGAAAGACACUCCCCUAGAUUUGGAGGAAUGAGUCGCAUGAAAUUGAGUGGGAAAGUCUCUGGUGCCAAAUUCUGGGACUUUAUUGUGUUUAAAGUGUGUCUCCUGUAUACACAGGAUAUCUGUAUGGUUACGUUUCGCUGUUUCUAAAAAUACUCUCCUUUUAUGUGGGGUAUUAAGGCCCCUUACAUUAUGGGAUUGAAUAGUCACACUCAUUAGUGAGUGAUAAAGUUUUGCGGACAGGCCCCUCAUGUUGCCCUGAUUUCGUUACCUUGUAACCUGUAUGUUGUUUUUUCUGUUUUGUGUUAACCCAUACAUAUGUCGAAGGUGGUAAUCGUAGGCGUAUGUCGCACAUUAAGAGAGCUUCUGUAACAUCAUAAGUACCUGGAAGACGGGAAGGGUAGGGAAGUUGGGGGUAGUCGGGGAGGGUGUAACUUGGACUUUUAUAACUCACCCCAGUUGGGGUCAUGGCACCCAUCUGCGGAGCCAUGGGGGGUAGAUAUCAAGAUAUCUGUCUGUGUGGCUAAAGGCCUUAACGUUCUAUUUAUAUAGAGAAUAGGACCUGGUCCUGUGUGUGGUGACCCAUACGUGUCUUGGUGUGACUUCUUUGUGAGAGCCCUCUUGCUAUACCUAGGUAUCUCCAUAACCACCUAAUGCAUCGAGAAGAGAGAAAAAACAAGUAAAAACCAAAGUGUUUGACAUACUAAUACAUAAUAAUACUUUCCCGCAUUUAACAAUGAAUAUGUAACAUCUAUCUUUUAGAACCAUGGGGAGCUGACUUAGCUCCAAUGUGUGCUCUUUAUAGUCUUUGCCUUUGCGGCUCAGGCACCCUUCGUCUCGGCUUCGGCAUACGAUGCAUUGGUUGCUCAGUAGUAGGGGGUGAGAGAUAAGUGGUAGUCUGUGGGCAUAUUUUUUUUUUUUUUCCUCCUCUCCUUCCCCUUCCUUUUCCAAAAGAGAGGGAUGAAAAUUGUGUUUGGGGCCUCCCAGUAUACGGGUGAGUCCUGAUCUCAUGUCCCUAAUACCAUGGGCAGGGUGAUGUGAUGGCAAUCAACAAGCAGCUUACGUUGCUUUAUUAUCCCCUUUUGGACAACUGGGGACUCUUAUUCAUUUAUUAUACUACUCUUUGGUUUAUAUGUAUUGCGGGAUGAUGCUGCAACCAGUGUACCCUUUUAAGAGUAGUCGUGUAGGGAUAGAGGCUAAGCAAUGAGUUUAUAAAAUGUAGUAGGGUAUGGUAAUUUUGCCCUUAUGUCAGUGCAUGUGUUCGUGCGGUACCUGAGCCCUCAAGUUGUCAGAGACUGCAAAAUGGGUUUCUUAGUGUCCUCGAUGUCUCUCUAGUCUGAUCUGGGAUCUUGCUUGUUGGGGGGUGAUCACCCCUGUAUUAUCUAAAGUUAUUAACGAUCUUGAGAUUCCAAAAUUUUCAUGUCAAUAGUUUCUUGUAGCCAGUAGUCCCUGGUGGUCGAAUUCACUGCCGUGAGUUAGGUGGUGUAGGGUCAGGUCUUGAAAGGGUCCCUCCAGAGGUUCAAGGCAUAUCCAAUGCCCGAGUGAUGUGUGUUGGGAAUACGGGUCAUCUUUUCCUUUAGCAGCUAUUAUAAUCAGCUCGUUGUGCAGGUAUCUUGUUCCAUUCUACCUGCAAUCGACGGGAGGACGUCUCCCCCUUCUCUGUUGCUUUGCACAUGAUACCCCAGGUUUGCAGGAGUUUCGCGCCUUCUUCUGGUGAGGAAAUGGUAUGUAGCUUGCCCUCUCGGGAGAUAAUCAUUUUCGUCGGGUACCCCCAUCGGAACCUCAUGCCAUUGGCCCUUAAGCUGUCCGCAAGAUGGGAGAGAUCUUUUCUCUUUUUCAAAGUUGUAGCAGAUAGAUCCGCAAAUAUUUUAACUGACGGGUAGUCAGGAUGUGGAGCAGAUUUAUUUCUGCUUGUACGCAGUAUUAGCUCCUUUAUGUGGUAGUAGUGUACUCGUGUGAGUACGUCUCUUGGCACAGUUUCUGGCAAGUAUCUUGGCUUUGGGAUUCUGUGAACUCGGUCCAGGAGCAACAUCUCCCCCGGUAUAUCAGGUGCGUAGGCUCUAAUAAGGCCUCUUACGUAUGCCUGCAGAUCUUCCGGCCCGACCGACUCCGGAACUCCUCGCAGCCGCAAGUUGUUCCUCCUGGAGCGGUCUUCAAGGUCCGCUAGCUUCACUUCAGUCAUGGUAAGUUUUUGCUCCAAGUGUUCUACGUGGCUUGCAAGGUCGUUAUGUGCCACAGCAAAAUCGUCCAUUUUGGACUCGACGUGCGAUGUCCGUUUAUUGAUCUCUUGUACAUCCCUUCGUAGUGAGUCCAUAGAAUGUUGCCAGGACAUGAUUAAUUUCUGGGAUAAGUUGUCAAGCGCUACUUGUAGGUAGCUUUUGGUGAGCUGGUCAGCAGGGUUAACCAGUUCUGUAUCUUGUUGCGAGUCUCGCGGGUUCGGGCUGGCGUCGCCAUCUUGCGAAGGCCGCAUCUGCUCCGUGCUUUCUUGUUGUUGUUUAUUAUUGAAAAAGUUUAGUUUUUCAUUUUUUGCAGAGCUCUUCUUUGCUUUAGUUUGUGCCAUCUUAUAUUUUAGCAGUUUGCAGGUCCUAAUCGUCCGGAUUGAUAUAGAUUGUCGGCCUCGGUAGCCGGAGCUCGGGUUCAAGCGACCAUUAAGCUCGGCGGUUAGCCACGCCCCCCGUGAAUUUCAAAUUUAAGGUUAAAAUACCCGAAAUGGAAAACCCCAUUAAGUCAGCUAUGCUAUCAGUAUGUCUGCUCUGGCCUUAAAUUUGAAAUUCUCUGAAUUUACUUUGCAUUCUCACAAAAGUGCUGAUCGUAGAGAGAGAGAUAUUUUAAGUAGUAGAUUAAAAAUAGCCCUAAGUGGAAUUGAAACGGCAUGACUUAUAUAGACAAUACAUUGAUUGUUUAUGGCUUUAUGAAUGUACAGCACUGCAAUGUCUAAUAAUGACUAUAAAUAGUUCGCAGUUGGCAAGCAGCUGUGUAGUUUUGGGGUGUUAAUGUGUGUGAAAGGCUUUAGUUCACAGCUGCGUGACUUCAGUAAUGUAAACUAAAUGACCUUUCUCAUUAUGAUAGGAACAGACAGACAAGUGGACGACCUAAGUUGCAACUGUGUGCGCCCCAGCAGCUAUUUUUCAGUUUAGUAGAACCAGUAUUAUUAGACUACAGAGCAUUGAUGAUAGUCUAUAUUCCUGCAUGUCCAGCUGGGAACUCUGGAAUAGUUGUGGAAACGUGACUUCUCGAGUUUCCAUGCCCAAAAAGGACUUCUCAAAGUUUUUAGUUUUUGUAUUUUAUAUGUAGAAAGGUCAUUAGGCCUGAAUUUGUGGGCGGAGGAUAAGUCCCCUUCUUAAACACCAAGCCCUACUCACCUCUGCCAGUAAAGUUGAUUGUUGUAUCUCCAUAGCAACCAGCACUUCCGGUCCGAGCUUCCCGCCAAACAGCUCCAGUCUCCAGCAGCAGUGGUGUCCAGCUGAAUCCUCUGUCCGUUCUGUAGCCCUGCCACCUGGCUUCUCCCCGGUCGCGGUAUUUGGCUUCCGGUCACUAGACCAACACGCUCACGUAAGCUUGUGAGGGAAAUAGCUUUUGGCUAUUUCCCUCCGUUUGGGCCUAAAAACGUAGGGGUAGGCUCCCUUUUUACUUAUACAUUACCUGUUCGUGCACUUCCGCGUUCGUGCGUCUAAAUUAGAUGAACGCCGGCUAUACUUACGUUUCGUGGGUCCUUCGUAUGGUCUAAAUUGCCGACCUUUGUUCGGGUAAACUCUGGUGCGAUUUCGUUAAAAUUCUGGUAUACCAUUCGUUCAUACGAACGAACUAUGUACAUACCGUAUAUACUAACCCGUUCGUUCAUUUAGCGAUUCGUGCAAUAUUCUGUUCACCCCUUGCAUACUUACGAUUCUCUACAUCCCCCACCUCAACACGGAGGUAUGGCUUCACGCCCAAAUCACAGUUAGAUGCCUUAUUCACCCUUCUACAGGGCUGCAGUCAGGGCCUCACUUUUCACGGCCACACGUUUGAAUCUCCUUAACAGUCAUCGAGAGGCCAACAUCCCGCCACCACGUCUGUUGCAACAAACUUCCCUCGGCCAAAUCAUAGAGCCUCUCACUGCCACUCGGCAGUAGCAGGGCCUCACUUGUCACUAGUUCACAGUUAAGUUUUUCGCUUCGGCACUAGCCUUACAGUCCAGUUCACCUAAGGAACUCUUAUAUCCCCUUCUGUCCCCUCCUUUGCCCUACUAAAUCUAAUUCACCAAUUCAUUUCUAGAAUGUCUCAAGAACCAGCCCCCACCGACGAUUUGUCUGCUGAAGAGAUCCCGUUCACGCCUAUCAGACCAGAAUCUCCAGGCGAAUCUCUCACCCCCUCUACUCCUACGUCCUUGAGAGCAUGGACUGUUCCUAAAAUUACGGCUGAACUUAGGCUAAGGGCUAGAAAGGCUGAACUCUACAGACUCUUGACCAAUCAGGCUCCCGAGCCUAGGCCAGGCACUAGCUCUCAAGGACAACCAUCAGGCGCUUGCACGGCCACUCAGGACACCCUUGCAGCAAUCCUGGCCAACCUGCAGACCUUGAAUAACAGGUUAUCUAAGGUGGAGAGUGCCAUCACCUCCCCAGGUAACCUCCCUGGCCUCUCAGCCCCCGUCCCGGCAGUCUCUGCUACAACACCACACUCCCCUAUACAUUCCCCUCCAGCACCAGCCACGGUUACGUCACCUUUUGUGUCACCAGCACACUCUGUCCCAGACUCCAUUAGGAAAGAAAUCCUAGAUGCCCCAUAGCCUCACAAGAUGUGCUGGAGAACCGGGCAUAUAAUUACGGGGAUAUCUCAGUGGUGCUUAAAACCAGAGAUCCCUGGCUUAACAAAAAACAAUCAAUACCACAGUUCGUAAUAGCCUUCGGGAUAAACCGCAACGUCAUUAGCUCGGUAUAUCCCCACAGAAGAGAGGAACUAGACCUCUAUCUGCAUAAAGUGGUGGAUUUGGGCAUCAAGUACGGGGGCUCAUCUUUUUAUGAUUAUCACAAAUCAGUAUCAGCGAAGUGUAUCAGUAUCAGCGAAGGCGGCCACCCAUCUGAAACAGUUUAACAUUAGAAUUAACUGGUAUCAGAUGAGUACUGAAUUAUUCUGUCGCCACUUCGCUGGUCUCAGGCCCCGGUCUUGUGCCGUAUGUAAUUCAACAUCACAUACGGCCGAUUUGUUCCACUCUGAAGCUGCUCCAUCCACCUCCACUCCCACUCCUCAAACCACUUUCACCCCUCACACUAAACAAGUGGGUGGUCAACGGUAUAAACUGGGUAGAUCCAUCUCCUUCCUAGACAAAGCGCAGGUGUGCAACAAUUUUAAUGCUGGGUCCUGCAGCUUCAGCACCUGUAGGUUGUUGCACAUCUGCUCUAUCUGCUUCAGGGCACACACAAAGACCAUGUGCCCGACCAGGUUGUCCCCUAACAAAUGACUAACCGACAUUAAUGUCGACAAACUGUUUUUUUAUUUGAGACCUCAUCAAGCAGGCAUUUGGUGGAGUAUUUUCACACAGGGGUUUCUCACGGGUCUCAUUGCCAUCCCCCCAGACCCGCUUGAAUGUCCCAACCUCUUGUCAGCCUGCCAAGACCCAUUAUCCACAGACACUCUCCUUUCCUCCAAAUUCUCACACGGUUUCAUGAUCGGCCCCUUCACCUCCUCACCUUUUUCAUCCUGGCGCACUAAUCCCAUUGGUAUAGCUGUGCACAAAUACUCUAAUAAAAAACGUCUAAUUAUCGUUUUAUCAGCACCGCACGCCUCUUUUGUUCCCAGCAUUAACUCACUCAUACCAGCAGAAGAAUUUUCAUAUACAAUCCAUCAUUUCAACUGGUAGAAAAGCUUGGCUAAGCAAAAUGGACAUUACAAACGCAUUAAAAUUACUACCCAUGCACCCAUCACUCUGGCAUCUGCACUGUGUUAAAUGGUGAGACAGAUACUAUUUCUCCACACGCCUCACUUUCGGGUCUAGAAGCAGCCCCAAACUGUUUGAUAUAUUCGCAGAAACACUAUGCUGGCUGCUUCUAAAGUUCUCAGGUGUCACUCAGUCAUUCACUAUUUGGACGACUUCCGACUGAUUUUGGCUGAGUGGAAUGGUAUCUCCAUGUUUAUCCCCCCUCUCUCCGACUCCUCCUCACCCAUCAUUCACACAGACGCUGCAGCCAACACCGGUUUCACAUCUAUCUUCGGUAGUCACUGUUUCAGGGGUCACUGGCCUACUGAGACUGAUGCCUUGCCAGGAUUCAGGGAGACUUCAGCCCUAUUUAAAAUUUAUCCCAUAGUGGCGGCCGCACACACUUGGGGUCAUCUUUGGUCCGGCAAGGCAGUAAAAUGCUAUUCCGACAACUCGGCAGCUUGCGAUAUCAUAAACAAGGGGCGCUCAUCAUCCCUCACCAUCAUGCGGCUGAUUCGCAAGCUGACCUGGCUGGCAGCAACCGUCCAGUUCCACUUAGUCUGUUUUCACAUCCCGGGUAUCCACAACACGGCCGCUGACGCUCUCUCGUUCUCAAUUCCAGGUAUUCUUCCAGGCACUUCCUACGGCCCACCACCAGCCAUCCAAGACACCGCGGUUUCACGAACUAAUCCUGGAUUAAACAUACUAAUGCACCACGCUAGGUCUCUCACACACCAAGCACUAUCACCUAACACAGCUGUCACCUACAGUAGGGCACUUACCAUUUUUAAUAAAUUCACAGCAGAUUUCGGAUUACAAGGUGAUUUUUCUACUCAAACCAUGGUGGCUUUUGCCUCCUUCUGCCACUUACAUUUAAAACUUUCUCACAAUACCAUUAAACUAUACCUCACGGGGGUUCAGCAUCACAGUCUCACUAAUUUCCCUAACAACACCCCCUUCUUGUCAUCAUACCCCAUCAAGAAAGUCUUAAAGGGUAUCUCAAAGGUUUCUGUUCCACUUACCACCACCAGAUUACCAAUAGAUGGGCCUAUCUUUAGAUUACUCAGCAAUCUACUUGAUGAAUCCCCAUUCGAUCACGACUCAAACCUAGUGAUCAAGUCUGCCAUUUAUCUAGCUUUUUAUGGUUUCCUUAGACCCGGAGAAUUCACCGUUGUUUGUCAAGGGGAUAUCUCACACAGCCUUAAAACCUCACACCUCACUAAGGUGGAAGAUCACUAUGUACUCACGCUCCCAUCUACCAAAACUAAUCACUCCCUACACCCCACUAUUAUUCCCCUCUUUCCCACUGAUAAUGCUUGGUGUCCGGUUAAGGCACUAGACCAUCUACGGUCAACUCAUCACACGCACUUACCAGACUCUCCGCUUUUAUUACUACAAGGGCACCCACUCACCACUGCUAAAUUCACAACGCACGUCAGAACCUUACUGGCAAAACUGGGUUACAACCUGGCUUUGUUCUCCGGCAUAGGAGCCGCUUCAUCAGCCUCUAGUACAAACACCCCGGUUCACAUCAUCAUUUGAUUGGGUCGAUGGAAAUCCUCCAUAUACCAUACGUACAUACCACAACCAGAAAGAGAGCUUUGCCAAGUCUUCAGGAAUUUGGUUAUGUAUUAAAUUCAAUAAAGUGUGUUUUUCUUGAACUUCUCUUUGCCCUCUUUUAUUUACAGGCCCACUUGUAUGUUGGUUUCCGGCACACCACAAAUCAACUUUCAUCUCAGACACUAUCCAUUACGUAUUAAAUUCCGAGCCCAAAUACAAUAUAUGUUCAUAUUUACAUAUAAUAGAAAGCAACAGGCCAGACUCUCCUGGAUGGAUUUCUUAGUGGGUUUCCUGGUGUUGCUACAGGAGCAACAAUCAUAACAGCAUAAACUGCUUUGACAUACUCACUAAUCACAACCUCCAGACAGAAUGGUCUGUGUCUCCCCAAAUGAUGCCCUCUGCAUUAGAUAGAGAGGUCAUUUUAAAAAUAUGUAAAUUUUUUAGAAUGUUGCAAGGCUGAAGGUUUUGGUUAUGGAUUUAAAGAUGUAAGCUAAAUUAGAACUUUCUUCACCUCCUCCUGUAGGCUGUAAGGCCAAGGAACUGAUAGACGCUGCACGGGUGAAUGUGGCAAGGAUGGUGGGUGGAAAACCGGAGGACAUUGUCUUCACCUCAGGUGGCACAGAGGUGAGAUCUUUACCAAUGUAUCAGCUUUGUCCUCGAUGUAGAACACAGGUCCUCACACUGUCCUAAUGCAUUCUCAUAGCUUCCGGAUUAACACAUUUCCAUAUUUCCAAUUACAGUUUUAGCUUAAACUUGGGUCUGUCUCACCUGUUGAAUAGAAUCUGGAAAAUUAUUACCUGCAAAGUGUCAACAUAUUUCACAGCUCUGUACAAUGGAACAUAGUUUAUUCAACACUAGUGCCUGAGUUCAUUAAUGUUUUGAAGGGUAGUCCCAGGCAAUUGAUUUUUUUUUUUUAUUUUUUUUUUUUUUUCAUCUUCUAGGCCAACAACAUGGUGCUAUUUUCUGCAGUGGACCAUUUUAUGAAGGAGUCUAAAGAGAGACACAAUAAUGUGCUGGAGAAUGAAUUGCCACACAUUAUCACCUCAAACGUGGAACAUGACUCUAUAGCUCUUCCACUUUUGCACUUACAAAAGAUACAGAAAGCUGGUAAGGUCAUCGCACAAUACAUAGUAAAGAAAAAUCCCCUGCUUGGAAAAUCACUGCAACCACAAUAAUUUAUAAAAUGUAAUGGACUGUGUUUAGAAAUAUGAAACAACAACAGAACCAUUUAAUUAGUUUUUUCUGCAUUUUGCGGUUUUUGGCUUUUUUUUUUAUGGUUAUUUAUGUUGGGGUUUUUUUUUUUUAAAGAGAAAAAAAGAUAUUAGAAAUUCUAAGAUGUAAUCAGUUGGAUCAGAAUAUAAAAUCUUCAUCAUGUUAUCUAUGUCUCUGUCUUCUAUUUUUAUUAGUUUCCAUUUCUUAGUCUUUUCCCAAGUUUCUCUGUCUUCAGGACUAUAUCCAUUUUAGCUAUGUCUCUCAACAUUUAGUCUCUUUGUAUGUGUGCAAGGAGAAAGCUUCCAGCCUGACUUGAUAGAACCACCAUGGUUAAAUGAGGCAAUUAAACAAAAUAAAAAUAAUACGGGCAUCUUAAAGCCAAUCAUGUGAUAUUCUAAAUGGUUCUAUGUACUUGGCGUUUAAAUCUAUACUAGUCAGACCAGAGUCUGAGAGAGUAACUAAACUUACACCCCCAGCCCCUCCAUGUGCCUAUGUCUCAUUCUCCCCAGCAUCUCCUCCAUUUGUCUCGCCCCACCAUCCCCCCCAGAUGUCUCAUCCUCUGCCCCUCCAGUCGUCUCACUCUCCCUCUGCCCCUCCAGGCGUCUCACUCUCCCUCUGCCCCUCCUGGCGUCUCACUCUCCCUCUGCCCAUCCAGACGUCUCACUCUCCCCCCGCCCCUCCAGACGUCUCACUCUCCCCGGCCCUCAGGCGUCUCACUCUCCCAGCCCCUCCAGGCGUCUCACUCUCCCCCCACCUCCAGGCGUCUCACUCUCCCCGGCCCCUCAGGCGUCUCACUCCCCAGCCCUCCAGAAGGCGUUUCACUCUUUGCCCCUCCACAGGCGGCGUUUCCUUUCCCUCUGCCGCCAGUGUGGUUUCACUUUCCCUCUGCCCCGCCAGGCAGGCGUUUCACUUUCCCUCUGCCCCGCCAGGCAGGCGUUUCACUUUCCCUCUGCCCCUCCAGGCAGGCGUUUCGCUUUCCCUCUGCCCCGCCAGGCAGGCGUUUCACUUUCCCUCUGCCCCGCCAGGCGUUUCACUCUUCCUUCAGACGUUUCACUCUCCCUCUGCCCUGCCAGGCGUUUCACUCUUCCUUCAGACGUUUCACUUUCCCUCUGCCCCUCCAGGCGUUUCACUUUCCCUCUGCCCCUCCAGGCGUUUCACUUUCCCUCUGCCCCGCCAGGCAGGCGUUUAACUUUCCCUCUGCCCUGCCAGGCGUUUCACUUUCCCUCUGCCCCGCCAGGCGUUUCAUACUUUCCCUCUAAGGCUCCCGCUGUGGCGCCUUCACUUUCCUCUCUGCCCCUGCCAGGCGCUUUCACUUUCCUGCUUCCUGCUAUAGGCGCUUUCACUUUCCUCUGCUCCUGCUUGUAUGCUUCUACUUUUCCUCUGCCUCGCUAGGGCGCUUCUAUAAUUUUCCUUCAGACGCUUCACUUUCCUCUGCCUCCAGGCGCUUUACUCUACCUCUGCUCCCUCCAGGGCGCUUUCACUCUCUCUCUGCAGCCUCCAGGCGCUUUCACUUCCUCUGUGCCUGUAUGCUUUCACUUUCCUCUGCCUCCAGGCAGGCUUUUACUCUCUGCUCACAGGUAUGCUUACUUUCCUCUGCUCCCGCCAGGCCAGGCAGGCGUUUCACUUUCCCUCUGCCCCGCCAGGCAGGCGUUUCACUUUCCCUCUGCCCCGCCAGGCGUUUCACUUUCCCUCUGCCCUGCCAGGCGUUUCACUUUCCCUCUGUCCCGCCAGGCGUUUCACUUUCCCUCUGCCCUGCCAGGCGUUUCACUCUUCCUUCAGACGUUUCACUCUCGCUCUGCCCUGCCAGGCGUUUCACUCUUCCUUCAGACGUUUCACUCUCCCUCUGCCCUGCCAGGCGUUUCACUCUUCCUUCAGACGUUUCACUCUCCCUCUGCUCCUCCAGGCGUUUCACUCUCCCCCUGCCCCUCCAUGAAGCUCAUUCUUCCCCUGCUCCUCCAUGCAUCUGAUUCACCCCCUUGCUCCUCCAUACGUCUAAUCCUCGCCAGUCGCUUCCAUGUGGCUCAAUAGCACCCAGUCCCUUCCAUGCAUCUCAAUUCACCGCCCUUGAUCCUCCAUGCAUCUCAUCCUCGCCAGUUCCUUCCAUGUGCCUUAAUAGCCCCAAGUCCCUUCCAUGUGUCUCAAUACCCCCCUCCUCCCCCAUUCCUUCCAUGUGUCUUUCCCUCAUUUCCCUCUGUACCUGCUCUCCAUUUGUGGCCGAGUGGACCACCGCACCCAAUCUAAAAGGAAAUUCUCUCAGUAAGCACUUCCUGUCAGACCAGCCAGAUAGAGGGAAACAGAGGCUCCUCUAUGCGCGGUCCACUUGGCCAUGCUACUUACAGAGCCUGACUGGAAGGGGCCUUGGGCCGAUGCUGCAGUGCACUGAUCCUGAAUAUAUGCCGGCCCACGGUGGCUGGGCCCCCUAGAGCGACAAGCCUGGCUGCGAACCCUGCAACCUCUAUUGUUACGUCACAGAGUCUGAGCCCAUCUUACACUUUUAAAAUAAGUAGGAAUGUAGACAGUUCUAUUCAUCCAAUAUUAUCAUCAGAGCUCACUGAUUUCCAUGUGGCUGAACGGAGACGCAUCCUGACAGUGAUGUUUCAUCAAUCUAUUUGUGAGGCUGCUAUAGUAAAAAGAUGGAAUCGGCUCCAUAUUAAUACUCGUUCUUUUAAUGUGAUGCAUAACAAACGAACUUCCACAUACUUAAGGCCAUAUAGUGUAUUCAAUAUCUUCAAAUAUUCUUUAUAGCAUAAUGUUGUUUUUGAGUCUGACCUUCCAAAAUAGUUCUGGUUGUGUAUGGCCAUCAUUAUAGAGAAAUAGUAUAAUAAUGACUGGUCGUUAUUAUUCUAGGACAAGGGUAGGUAACCUUUGGAACAUCAGAUGCUGUGGGCUGCAUCUCCCCAGAUGCUUUAUCAGCAUAAUGGCUGUAAGAGCGUUAUAGGGGAUGUAGUCCACAUCAGCUGGAUUGCCAAACAGAUAACUGUUAGAUGAUUGAAGAAUAGAUUCACUCCUGAAACUAAAAUAAACUACCCAGUGCUAAUACAUUUAGGCAAGAAUUCUAAGUCUUCAGACUCUGUGACUGGCGUUUGAGCUGCAGCCCAAGCUGCUGUUGGUUUCACUUAAAUACUGGAACCGGUAAUGUAAACUUAGGCAUUUACAUAAAGAUUUCUGAUCAAUAGCUCUACGUAUAUUUUUCAGGCAUAUCCGUUUUUGUUGUUUGGUUUUCUUUUUUUGUUUUGUUUAAGGCUAAACAUUACACAUGACUUGUUUACUCACACUUCUUUUUUUAUUUAUUUUUUAUCUUCGCGUCGUGUUUAUUUGACAGUAAAGUUAAUAUUAAUGUAUCUCUUUUGUUUUUCUGAUUCAGAAGUCACCUUUGUGCCAGUAUCCACACUAACAGGACGUGUUGAGGUUGAUGAUGUCAUCGCAGCUGUACGCCCGAACACGUGUUUAGUGUCCAUUAUGCUAGCAAAUAAUGAAACUGGAGUAAUCAUGGUGAGCAACUGCUUGUUUUAA